AGUUUAUCUUCUGCCGUCGGUUGAGUAUGAGGCAUUCGCUAUGUCUCGCUUGUCCUAGUGCUAAUGCGAUUUCAAAGACAAGAAUAAUUCCAGUUAUUGCCAUCUUUGCACACACAUAAAAGUACUGUUGUACAUGAAUAUACGUACAAGUGUCGCGUUAAAGAUAGAAGCAAAACAUGUUUCAAUCUUACAAGUUUUUGCGAUGAUCUGUAAUUCUGCUAGAAAUUUGUUGAUGUAGCUUAGUUUUAUUUUAGAAUGAUAAACAGCAUCGAAAAUCAAUUUUUGUUACCUUGCAAAAAACAAUUGAGAAACGCAUUUUUUCAAUUUUAAACCAAAUAAACUGAGCUUUUGAUUAAUAAAAAUCAAGGGAAACUAGACAAAACAACGAAAAAGUGAUGUGGACCGACAAAAAGUAAGCCCCUUGUCCGAAAAAAAGUGUUGAUUGCUCGUUGGCCUCUCUAAGCAGAUUUAGUGCUGCGAAUGGCGAGAAAUCUCUGACGACGGCCCACAACAAAUAAGUACACAAUUGGCAAACGCUGUAAUUGGGUUUCGCUUCAACGCAUCGUCUGUCCAUAGCACCCCGAGCCCCAGCAGUCAUGGACAAGCAGAACGAAGUGCUUCUGAACACGUUCGUGAUAUCCAAGAAAAAAUAUCGAGUGUUCUACAAUGCCGGCGUGUUGGUGUGGGAAGCUGAGAACUCCAAGAAGGGUGAGAAAACAACCGUUCCGAUCGGAGAUAUCAUAUCUGCGACCCUGUCGACGACAGCAAGCGGACGAUCCUCCAGCAAAGCAAAUGCCCACAAUAUCGCGACCACCUACGGAACGACCUCCAGCACGCAUGCACCGAUGAACGAGACAAUGGACUACGAUCGCAUCCCGGUGCUGCCAACUUCUUCGUCGACUACAACGAACGCCACUAUCAAUACCAUGACCACCACUACUACGAACCUGAGCAAUAGAGUGAAUUCAUACGAUAUCCUGAACAGUGAGUACGAAGAUGACAAUUACGGCGUAAGCAGUGCAACCAAUGCAAACUACUUGAUCAUACAUUAUGCUCGGCUCGUGUCCCCGCGGACAAGCAAGUGGAGGGUCCAGCAGCUAUCGCUCUACAACGGCGAACAGCGCAUUGUCAAGUUCUGGCACAGCCGGUUAUCAGACGAUAUUAGAGAGCAAGCCAGACCGAAGAAUUUACUGCUGUUCCUUAAUCCGUACGGCGGCAAGCAGAACGCGUUCGCGUUGUUUGAGAAAUACGCCAAACCGUUGUUUCACCUGGCGCACGUUGAUAUCAAUCUGAUAAUCACUCAGCGGGCGCAGCAAAUUUACGACAUCAUGACAUCGCAAACGAUUAAACUGAGCAAUUACGACGGGGUCGUGUGCUGCGGCGGAGAUGGAACCUUUGCGGAACUUUUCAACGGAUUAGUUUACCGGACGAUGAUAGAUCUAGGUAUGGACAUCAACUGUCCGCCGUAUCUUCCCAAGCCGAGCCUACCGAUCGGGAUUAUCCCGGCCGGAAGCACCGACACCGUUGCGUAUUGCCUGAACGGAACUACCGACAUCAAGACCUCCAUCAUUCACAUCAUUUUGGGACAAUCGAGUGGCCUGGACAUCUCGAGCGUUUAUCGCAACGGAAGCGGUGAAAACGAUGGCAGACAACCGCAAUUGCUCAAACUGUACGCCAGCGUAAUGUCCUACGGUUUCCUGGGCGAUGUAACGAUGGACAGCGAGAACUAUCGCUGGAUGGGACCGAAGCGAUACGAUUAUUCUGGCGUCAAAAAGUUCCUCCGGAACCGAGGUUACAACGUGGAUGUAAAGGUGCAAAUCGAAAAGGAGGAAAUUGACGGAGGCCGCAGGGACAAGAACAAUCCGCACGACGGAGUUCGGUGUUUGGAGAAUUGUCAGCGUUGCCAACUGGCCGCUACAAAGGACCAUAGCAACGCAACCGACUGUGAUACUGUGGAGGAAGUUAGCGUUAGGGGAAAGUUCCUUAUGGUGAAUGGUGCUAACAUUUCGUGCGCGUGCCACCGUAGUCCACAAGGGUUCAAUCCGAACUGCCACCUAGGUGACGGGUAUCUGGAUUUGAUCUUUGUGCGCCACACGUCUCUCUUCAACAACAUCCGGCUGCUGUUGGCAAUGUCGUCCAAGACGAAGGAAAUUAGCGAUCUACCGUUCGUGGAGAUUUACCGAACAAAGCAGUUUACGUUCAACAGCCAUGGUCAAGGUCACGUAAAUGGCGUAAAUGUCGUGAAUGACGAGGACCAGACGGCGUCGUCGGCGGCGACUACGGCGACUAAUUCACCUAAAGUGAAUGGGGCCGAGACGCCGAAGCAGGUGGCACACGAUAAGAAGCUGUUUUCCAGGUGGAAUUGCGACGGAGAAAUUUUGCUCGAUACCAAUGUAACGGUCAUAUGCAAUUGCCAAUUGAUCAACGUGUUUCGCCGGGGGGUCAGCUGCCGUGAUAGUACUUGUAAGGACAAUGAAGCAAACGUUUUAAACUGUUGUGGAUUGUGUAAAUAGUAGAAUGUUAGGAUCAUUUAUCUGUUUUGUUAUGAGUUGUCUUGUUCUACGUUGAGAUUAGUAACAUCAGAAAAACAAAAUUAAGGAAAUUAUACAGCACAUACUUUUACUAGCUUUAAAAAAGGAGUUCAACCUGUGAUUACUAUGAGCUGGCAAUAACAUUUCCUAGUAGAUAAAGCUCUUCAAAAAAGUUUACGUACAUGCAAUGUACUUUAACGUAGUUCUGUCAGCACAGAUAUUAGUAUUAAAAACAGAAAAUGAAAAACACAAGUAUUGCAUGGAAAAAUUUAGUUACAUUCCAUAAACAUUUAUAGCUACUGCGGGUAUUUAAGUCAAAUGGUCUCGGAAUGGGUGAAUAGCAUUUUGUAAUAUGACGUCUACCAGGAUAGAGCUGUUUUAAAUUGUGUAAAGGCAAAGAUUGAGGUUUUGGUACUUCUAUUUAGAUAUGUUUGGGACGGGCAACGAACUAUUAAACAUUACAAAAAAAAA